GUGAGACUGGAACGCACACAGACACGCGCGCGCACACCCCACCACACCUUUCUGAUGAGCAGAGCAGCGCGAUGUGUACAUCUGAACACACACCGUCUGAAGAACAGGAAGAGCUGAUCGGAGAGUUGAAGCCCUCUCGGCCCGCGCGCCUCUACGGCUCUGCGGGCUGCGAAACGUGGAGCGCGUGCUUCUCCCCGGAUGGCUCGCGCUUCGCCUGGUCCCUGGGCCACGGCACCGUCAGAGUGCUGCCCUGGCCACUGCCCUGCGACCAUCAUGCAGAGGAUUCUGCUAACAGUGAAGAAAGAGUGCUACAGUGUGACCACACCGUAUGGGGGAUGGCAUUUGGACCUCAAAUGGCCAAUCGGGCGAGAGCUGCAGAGCGCUGUGGGGCUGCAGAAGGACUGCUCUUAGCAACAGGCCUCAAUAAUGGAGUGAUCAAGGUGUGGCUCAUCUCCACUGGACAGAUACUGCUAAAUCUAACUGGACACCAGUCUGUGGUGAGAGAUUUGGCAUUCGCUCCAAACGGAAGUCUCACUCUUGUGUCAGCCUCCAGGGACAAAACUCUGCGAGUCUGGGAUCUGGCCAAGAAAGGAACACCAUCCCAUGUGCUGACUGGGCCAAACAACUGGGUGUUCAAAUGUUCCAUUUCUCCUGAUAGCAGCAUGAUUGCUUCAGUCUGUAACCUCGAUUCAAAAGCUUAUCUAUGGAGCAUACGAUCCUACACCUUCAUCCGAAACCUGAAAUAUGAUCACGAGCGGACCAUGAUAACAUGCGAUUUCUCUAUGGAUGGAGCGCUGCUCGCGAUUGGUUCUUUUCAUGCUGCGACAGGCUGGUGGCUGGACUUAUGGGACCCCUACACUGCUGAACAGCUGACUAGAGUGGAGGACUGUGAUAUAUGUGUAUACAGAACUGACAAUCUACUGGCAGCAUUGAGUUUCUCUCCUGUAACCCUUCAGCUGGCUUUCAAAGACUACAGGGCGUUACAGAUUUGGGACGUGGAACAAGAUAAACUGGUCUUGGAGGUGGAUCACAACCGAGUCAGCGGGCUGUGCUGUGCCUUCCACCCACAAGGCAGCGCCAUUGCUACUGGGUGUCGAGAUGGGCACGUGAAGUUUUGGAGGGUCCCUCGUCUAGUUCCGAGUCUGCAGCACCUGUGUCGGACUGUCCUAAGGUACUCCGUGUCUACUUUCCAAGUGAGGGCCUUGCCUCUCCCCAAGAAAACUCUGGAAUUCCUCACCUACAGGAACAUUUCUAAGAAAAAGAUCCUGCGCUGCAGUGAACACUACAGCUUAUGAACACUGGCACCCGUCCACUGCCACCACACGGAUAC